AUGUCCCAGCAGUCCCGAGUGAGAGAAAUCGACGCCACUCAGGCUGCUGGAGACGAAGAUCUGUUGAAAGAGAUUGGUUACAAGCAGGAACUUACACGGAAGUUUAAAACCUACGAAAUCUUUGGUAUCGCGUACAGUGUCAUGGGUAUUGUUCCCGGUAUUGCUUCCACAGCUGGUAUUGGUCUUGCUGGAGGUCCUGCUUCGUAUGUUUGGGGUUGGUUUGUCACCUCCAUCAUGAUUAUCACUAUUGCAUUAGCAAUGAGUGAAAAUGGUACGUCGGAGAAAUUCUUUUUUACAGAGAUGGUCUUAGGAUUACAUUUCCAUAACAUUUUGCACAGCCUUU